UGCUGCCGCCAAAAUGGCUGCGGCGGCGGGAAAUAUGAAUGGGUUUUGUUGCUCCCUCCUCUGAGGGGGUAGCCGGAGGGUGCCAUGGAUGUCUCGGGCUGUAUGAAGUCGCUGCUCCUGGCAGCCACGCAGUAUAAGGCUGCUAAGACGCCGUGCAACGCGGCGCUCGUCCAGCGCAGCCUGGAGGUUAUCUCGGGACUGAAGCUUACACGAUUAUUUGCUUCAAACCAGAUUCUACCAAGUGAAUGUCUUAAUUUCUUAGUAGAACUCCUUGAGGAUGCUAAUAUAGACCCUUCUCUGACCUUGGCUUUGGUUACUUUACUAUCACAGCUAGCUUUAGACAAUGACACUAGAGAAGCUCUUCAGGAUACCUACAAUCUGACCAGUGUCCUGGCAGGAGUGGUUCAUCGAAGCUCUACUAAUCUUAACGAUCCAGUAUUACUACAGAGUAUUCAGCUGCUUCAGAGGCUAACCUACAACAUUCCAGUCUUUUGCACUGGUGCCAACCUCGAUGAAUUGAUUUCAUUUCUAAUGUACCACGUUCAAUCCACUGAAGAUGAGUUGACGAUACCAUGUUUAGGACUUCUGGCGAAUCUCUGUCGUCACAACUUAUCUAUUCAAACUCAGAUAAAAUCUUUGAAUAAUGUGAAGAGUUUUUAUCGUACCUUGAUAAGUUUCCUGGCCCACAGUAGUUUGACUGUGGUUGUGUUUGCACUUUCAAUAUUAUCAAGCCUUACUUUAAAUGAAGAAGUAGGAGAAAAACUCUUUCAUGCUCGGAAUAUCCAUCAGACUUUUCAGUUAAUAUUCAAUAUUGUUGUAAAUGGAGAUGGUACUCUAACAAGAAAAUAUUCUGUUGAUCUACUCAUGGAUCUUCUGAAAAACCCCAAAGUUGCAGAUUAUCUUACCAGGUAUGAACACUUCACCUCAUGCCUUGGUCAAGUAUUAGAUCUUCUUCAUGGAAAGGAUCCCAAUUCAUCAUCUAAGAUCUUAGAACUGCUGCUCGCCUUCUGUUCUGUGGUUGAACUGCGUCAUACCCUGCGGCAGGCGAUACUGGAACCAUCUGGCUUGCCAGUCUCUGGAAAUACCAGAUUUGUGACUCGCUCAAAGACUUUUGAACCAUCUGUUGCAUUGGUACACUUGUCAAACCAACCAUUGGAAAGCUCUGAAGACUGUUCAGUUCUAGCAUUGCAGCUAUUCAAAGAGGUUUUUGAGGAUGCUAUUAAUAGUGGGAACAGUGCCUCAGCUGAACACUUUGUGGAUCUUUUGCUGCCUGUUCUUCUUGAUCAUCUUCAGAUGCCAGAACAGAUUGUGGAUGAGCUGUUAGUGAAGAGAAAGUGUGAAAGGAUGGUCAAGGCUAUUAAUGUCCUCACAGUGCUCUGUAGAGAUGACAUACUGAAAACGCAUGCCUCAAAGGUACUGACUGCCAGCCAAUGUGUGUCUCUAAUCGAACGCCAAUUUACCUAUAGCGGAAUUGAUGCUGGUUUUGGGGCAAAGGUAGUGGACUCUAAAAUGUGCAAACUUGCUGCUGAUACUAUCUUGAAAACACUUGAUCUUAUGAGCAGACUGAAACAGGAAGUACCUAGUAUGGAAGUCAGCUUCUACAAAAUUCUGCAGGAUCAACGCCUGAUUACACCUUUGACGUUUGCUUUAAUGUCAGACUACAGAGAACAAGUCCAAGUGGGACUUAGAAUACUGUUUGAGGCUGCACCCUUACCCGAUUUUCCUGCCAUUGUACUCGGUGAAAGCAUUGCUGCAAAUAAUGCUUACAGACAACAAGAAACAGAGCACGCAUCGAAAAGAAUCCAAAUGCAGUCACCCGUGACCAGCGUUACACCGAGAAGUUCUUUGUCUUGUUCUAAAGGUGAUGAAUCUGUGACUUCAAAUAUUCAGGAAUUAAUACAGAAGCUUCAUUCUGGACUAGAGAUGAAGGAGCCAAUCGCUGAUAUGAGGAUAUCUGAACUAAUGGAUGUCUAUGAACAGAAGCUGGCAUCGUUAGCUUCUAAAGAAUCUAGGUUGCAAGACCUUUUGGAAGCAAAAGCUCAGGCUCUGGCUCAGGCUGAUCGGCUGAUGGCCCAGUACCGAUGCCAGAGGGCCCAGGCUGAGUCCGAGGCAAGAACUCUUGCUGCAAUGUUGAAGGAUGCGGAACGAAAAAAUGAAGAACUUAAUGCUUUGCUGAAAGCUCAACAGAUAGAAUCUGAAAGGGCACAGACUGAUAUUGAGCAGCUCUUUCAACACAACAGGAAACUGCAAACAGUUGCUGAGGAACAUGAAAUACUGAAAAAAUCAUCUGUUGAUCUUCUUCAGAGGUAUGAAACAACUGAAAGACAACAUAAAGAUCUACAGAUUACAUGCAAUUCCCUAAAUAAAGAAAUGGAAGCAAUGAAAAAACUAAAUGAAUCACUCAAGCAGCAGAAUGACAGGACUGCUGCACAGUUGGUUGAAGCUGAAGAUCACAGAAAAGAAUUACAGCAACAGCUACAGGAUAAAGAUGGCAAAAUAGCAAGCUUGCAACAGAAAAUAAAAGUUCUGGAAGAAAAACUGAGAGCUCAACAGAAAGAAAAAAACAACGUGGAAGAAACUGUAGAUAUUCUUAGAAAGGAAUUAAGUAAAACAGAACAAGCAAGGAAAGAACUGAGUAUUAAGGCAUCUUCUCUGGAAGUUCAAAAAUCUCAAUUGGAAGUACGCUUGGAAGAAAAAGAAGCACUUGUAAAAUUACAGAAGGAAGAACUGAACAAACAUUCCAAUAUGAUUGCAAUGAUCCACAGUCUAAGUGGUGGCAAGUUAAGUGCAGAAACAGUGAACCUCAGUUUAUAGGGCUCUGUCUUUUAAAGUUUUAGUAUAAAAUACAUAUGAAUAAAUAUGUAAAAUAAAAAAAAUUGAAGCUAGCAUGCUAUCUGUCUUAAAAAUCAUCUAAAACUAAAGUAGCUUAACUAUCAAUUGAGAACAAAAAAUUAAUUGUGAAGGCUGUUGUUUGAAAACAUUGAACUGCUGUAUACCAAAAAGGUCUUUCUGUGGUCUUGGUAGAACUACUAUCCAUCUGUAUUGGGAGCUGAAUGCACCUUUUUGUUGGUGACUAACCUUCCAAAAUAUCUAUAGAAAAAUGGGAGUCGCUCAACUGUUUUGUCUGUUUAUGCUGUUAUUGGCAGUCAGGUAAGUAUGCUUUAUAUGUUAAGCACUUUCAUCAUUUAAUCUUGUUCACUUUCUCUUCUGAAUACCAUCUGUCUUUUGUGCAGUGAUGCUUCCUGCUGUCUAAGGCACAAACACAGAAAUAAAAUGGAUUAUAUCAAUUAGAACACAUUACACUGCAAGCUGUAUUUAUCAGCAUAUUAUUGUGAAUACGUCAUGUAGUAAAUAUGGGGAGGUGUUUCUAAUUUUGAGGAGAUAUUAAUCUGAGCAAGUAGAAAAGUGUUUUUUCAAAAAGGAGCAUCAAUUAGGGAAAGCAUGCUCAUAAUGAAAUAUAUGAAUCUACAAAUACUUCGUAAAUAUUAGAUACUACUUUCCUAAGCCCACAUCAUUUUAUUCAUUCUUUAAAAAAGAUCUGCACUUUUUUAAUAGUCCAGUCUGGUACAUGCAAUACUUGUCAGCAUUGCCGUUUUCUGCUGUACACCAAUGGGAUUUCAUAUACUGUUCAUGGUAUAAAUAUUUAGGUAAUUUUUAAGUAUACUUUCAUAUGAAAGACUAGAACUGAAGUUUUUGAGUGGCAGAACGCUUUCCUCUCAUUAGUUUACAUAUGAUGUGAAUAACAUGUCUUUUAGCAGUUGGCAGAAUUACUUCCUUAAUAUAUAUUUUUUGGUAUAACUACCAGAGUUUUGGGUUAUCUCAUAUAUAUCCUCUUCUGUAGCAUUACUGACUUUAUUUCUACCUAAUUUGUAAUGGCUAGAUCUUAAAACACCUGACUUUCCUUAGGUUUUCAGUUGUAUAAUAAAUGUCUACUCAUGUCUAAGUAUAGCCUUGUACAUUCAGUUGCAAUUAUGCAUCAGAUGAAUUGUAUCUAUUUUAACCUGUUCCUAUAACAUAUAUAUUUUUAUGACUUAAGCCCAAGUAAGAUUUACAGAUGUUGUUCUGGUCUCUGUGAAGACUAGGGGAAUAAAAAAAAAAAUUGCUCU